UUUAGCUGAGUUAAAUUGUACCAGUAUUAGGUUUCCAAAUUUCAAAGUUAGAUCUCGGUUAGGUGCUCCGCAUACUUCCUUUACUUCCUCAUUCCAAAUGGCCAAGAUCAUCGGCAGCUGGCGAUGGGUUUCCACCCAAGUUCGACUACACUACGAAGUGGUGGGGAUCAUCGCCUUAGUUUGUCUUCUUGUGAUGGGUGUGCUGGACUUUGGAUAUUUCUACUACGGGGUGGACCUCCUCUGGUGGCGCAGUGUAGUGAUGCAAGAGGAGAUCACUCCGCUGAGUGUUAUGUUUCACUUAGCUGGCGUCAAGGUGGCCCUCAUCCUGGGACUCACGUUGUGGAGCUACACACGAGAAGGGGAAAAGUCGGAUAUACAGGACAUGCCAAUCUCAUAUGUUCGCAGGCGGUACGGCCGAUUCCUCAUGAUGCGACUGCUGGCGUCCGUGGACGACCUGGUACAGCUUCAUCCUCGGUUGGAGGACUUCCUUGAGCGGCACAAGGACUUUUGCGAGGCAGUGGAACUCUUCCGCUGGGAGGCCCGAAAACUGUUCGAGCGCAGCGAUCUUCAGCUCAGUUUGCCGCUCCACGAAGUCCUUUUAGUGAGGGAUCAGCAGGAAGAGGAGCUCCUUCGCCGGGGCUACGACGAGCGGUUGCUUCAACUACGGGAGCUGGACAUUAACAAGCUGGUUUUCGACUCGUGAGCUAAGUCCUGAGGUUCGGGGAUGUUGGCCAACCGCUUUACCAGUUGCCAAACUUUUUAAUUGGGUUUCGGCAACAAUCUUGGGCUGGCUGUUGUUAAUUUCACUUUGCCAACAUGUUAAAUUUAAUGCAGCUCCCGCAUGUGAGUGGGGGUCCAAAGUCCCCAAAGUGCCGGGCCCUCUCUUCAAUUUCGCUGGAGUGUGUAAGCGUAAUUAAGUUUUGGAAUUGGUAUGUGGCCUUCGCGACGGGAGCCUGAAACUCUUUUGGAUUAAAGAUAAAUUUAAAAAUCUUCAAAAUAAAUAAGAUAUUUAGUUUCAA